AUGGCUCACCGCGGAGAGACCCUUCACAAAGAUGUCUGCUGCAUUGCAGAUCUGAAGAAAAUGGGGAGCAGUCGGCUGGCUCCGAUGGUCAGAGACUACUACAACGGAGGAGCUAUGGAUCUAAUCACUCUCAACGAGAACGAAACAGCCUACGACCGCUACAAGAUCCGCCCCCGGAUCUUAAUCAACGUCGACAAAAUCGACACAACCACCGAGUUCCUAGGGAGCAAGGUCUUGCUCCCAUUCGGCUUCAGCCCCGCGGCAUCAAUGAAACUUGCCCACCCAGACGGCGAGCUCGCGACCUCGCGCGCAGCCGCAAAAUACGGCCUCUGCAUGGGCCUAUCCUCGUACUCGAAUUAUCCGCUCGAGGACGUCGCCGCGCAAGGGCUGGGCAAUCCGUACGUGAUGCAGAUGUGUGUACUGCGGGAUCGGGCGAUUACGCUUCAGUUGUUAGAGCGGGCGGAGAAGGCGGGGUACAAGGCGCUGUUCCUAUCUGUCGAUGUACCAGUGCUAGGCAAGCGCAUCAACGAAUACCGGAACGAGUAUACCAUCCCAGAUGAUAUGUCGUGGCCGAAUAUCCUCAGUCACGGAGGGGAUCACUCGGACCGCACUGAAUACGACCCCAGUUUGGACUGGGAGAGCACGAUUCCUUGGUUGAGACAACAUACGUCUCUGAAGAUCUGGCUUAAGGGUGUAACCUCCCCCGAAGAUAUAGAACUGGCCAUCAAAUACGACAUCGACGGUGUUGUCAUUUCGAACCACGGGGGUCGGCAACUGGACGGCAUGCCGUCGACAGUGGAUGCACUGCGGGCCUGUGCCCCGGUAGCCAAGAAUCGAAUCCCGCUCGCGGUGGAUGGGGGUAUCCGACGAGGCUCGGAUAUCUUCAAGGCUCUCGCAUUGGGGGCUAGCUUCUGUUUUAUUGGAAGGAUCCCGUUCUGGGGGUUGGCUUAUAACGGACAAGAAGGUGUCGAAUUGGGGAUUCGGAUCCUCCGCCAAGAACUGCGGAUCACCAUGGCAUUGGCCGGGUGCCGGACGAUCAGCGACAUUCAAAAAUGUUAUCUUUCGGUUUUGCAGCCGGAUGGGAUUCUCUCGAAGCUGUGA